UCGCUUUUUGGCAAUCAUAUCUCACACGCCAGUUGGAUAUUGGCUCACAUCUGAAUAAGAAUCGCAACCUUUUAGCACAUAGUAAUCGAAUUUUUCGCCAAUCGCAGCGUGGGUGGUGGGUAGGAGAUGGGAUUGAAAUUUCCCAAAUUAUUGAAAAUUGGGUGAUAUUAAAAGUAAAGUGAGUGUUUAGAUUGGUUUUGUAGACAAUGUGCUCGAGAAGGUGGUGGUGUAUAUCCUAGUGGAGUGAAUUAGUAGAUAGAUGAAGCGGCAUGAAAGUUGCGAACUAAUUGGUCUCCCUGCUUUUGCACCUGUUCUUCAUUUGAGGCGGCGUCGUGUUUUAGGAUUUCAAUCAUUAUUCCUGAGAGCGAGUGAGAAACGUCCCGAUUGUUCCUGGAAACUUAAUCAACUCGAGGUUCAUCAUCUUGUUGCAUUGUGAAUAUUAGUCUGAAAUCUGUGCGACUUUAUGGUGGUGGAUCUGUGUAGAGUGAUAUAAGUGGGCAUUGUAUUUUAUGGAUGUGCCUUAUUUAUUGCGUGGUUGUAUCACACUGGGUGCGUGUAAUAUAUGAAUGUACAUAAAGUGUGCCUCUAUUGUUCUCCGUAUCAUUAUUGGAUGGAUAGAUGCGAUACAAAUGAUGAUGUGAUCCAGUAGGCUGGACUAGAAUUGAAGCUAUUUUUGACAUUAUGAAUCCCAUCCGGAGAAAGUAGCGUGGAUAAAGCGUUGGGAGACUGUUUGGGGAUGAUGACGAGGUAACGCGGCGGUGUGAUGAUGGGUGGGGGUGAGAGUGCCGAAGCCAGGGCGACGGUGAUGGCAUCAUCCUCGCCACCACCUGCCCAUUGUGGGAGGCUGGAUAAAUACGGGGUCGCCCUGGACCGCGGGCUCAGUCCGAAUAUGGAAGAGUGGUUUCUCCUCCUGCUCGCACAUCAGCAAGAUCGAGAAUCAGUCGUGACACCGGCCUCGUCCUCGGAGGAUCUUGCCUGUCCCGUCGCCAUAAAGAAGCCUGAAGGGACCGGAGUCGCACCUGCCAUGCCACCACCCCCGUCCAUGGGCAGACCACGGAUCGGGCGUCACAACGAGAGCAAUAAGACCGUCGUGGCUCCCAACCCCCCGCGGCAAGAAGUGAUGACGGACUACAGCGUGUACUUUGCCGGCUUGUGGUUCGCCGUGGGGCUCCUCAUCGGCGUCUUGGUGGUCGUCGCGUGCUACAAGAAGUGGCAGAGCGUGAGGAAGAAGAGGGAGGCAAGGAGGAGGCGGUUGUCGCGGGGGGGACGGAGAAGGGCUGGAUUCAGGGUGAGGAUGAGGAACGGCGUGGGUGAGAGGGAUGCAGGGGAGGAGGAGGAGCGGGAUGAGAGUGGCGGAGGGGGAAAGGAGUUGGACGAUAGGAUGGCGCGCUUUAAAAGGGACGGUGGCGACGGAGGGAGCGGCGGCGGGGCUGAAGGGAUCGCGGUGGUGGAGCGAUGCCCGUGCGGCGCGGAGCUGGAGGGGGGCGAGGAUAAGGACGAUAAGGAGAAAGGAGGUGGAGGAGAAAGUGUGGACAUUGCGGCAGAAUCAUCGUCGUCUCAUCCUUCCCCCGAGGCAACUCCCUUGGAGAAAGUGGUUGAGCCGGGUGUCGUCGACGGGGGGAACGUCGUGGCGGCGUUGGAGGAGGACAAAAUAUUCCUUCUUCGUGUCUCUUCCACCACGCCACCACCUCCACGACGACCCAGCUUCCUAGCAGAGACUGUCCCCUCGAAGGAUGAAGUCAACGAGGUCAAUACGACCCCCACGACCACGAUUAAGGGAAGAAGCAUGUUGGGGAGGAAGAGCUCGCUCGGCUAUGCUGACCGAUUUCCUCCCGGCUCCCUCCUCCGGAAAUGCGUGUCCUCCACCCUCAUCCCAGAGGCUGCUUGUACAUCGCCCCGAGGAGGACCCCUCCUCCCACCCCGGACGGAACGGACGUCAGCCUCAGAAUCGGACCUACUCGGGGGAAGAAAGCAGGCAGACUUGAUUUCCGUCACCGUGCCGCCCAUCCGCCCGCCCUCGUUGAACCUGCUCCACUCCCACCACGUGACGAGCAGCAGUCCCAACAUAAUCGCGAAGCCCCAGACGCCCGAGAACUGUCCCAACAUAAUUAUCAACCCCCACAUUCCCCCGGCAGCUGACAAUUGUCCCGUGCACGGAAGAACGUUGAAGAACGCGACACCAUCCGACUUCUCGCCCCCACUUUCCCCCAUCCCGUCACCACCCCCACCGCCGGCGCAGUACUUCCUGUCCAUCCCAAUGCCACCACCACCACCCCCAUCCGCCCAGGAAGAACAGGACAUGCUCCGGUCCAAACUGGUCAACUCGUUUACACGUGUGAUGCACAUGUUUCUACCGCCGCACUCGGCGACACCUUCUGUUUCGCCACGUGGGCAGAAAACAAGGAAUGAGUCGUUGUCUCCGCGGAAUCCGUCGACGGGUUCGUCCUCCAUCCCGAAGAAGAAGAAUAGCGUCCCCACGGCGUCCACGGCGACAGAUUCGACACCCCCAAAAGAGACCAAGUUCGUGUUCGACUUUGACUUUACGCAUCACUCGAACCCUCCAACCUUUAAGCUGAUGGCGAUCCAGAAGGUGGACGAAGAUGAGAAGGGUGACGAGGAUAAUGAAGAUAAGCACGAUAACAACGCCACGACUCGUAGGACGGUUCAUAAACAACGGUCGUCCUCCUCCGGAUCUGACCCACGCACCUCGUCCAACACGAGCGAGGGGAGCGACGAUGACGAGGAAAUCCUGGGAUCCGACGACGACGAGCAGGAAGACCCCAAGGAUUAUUGCAAGGGUGGCUACCACCCCGUGAGGAUUGGGGACCUAUUUCACAGUCGUUACCACGUGGUGAGGAAGCUCGGUUGGGGACACUUUUCCACCGUCUGGCUCUGCUGGGACUUGAAGCGAAGUCGGCAGUACGUGGCGCUGAAAGUCGUCAAGAGCGCGCCCCACUACACGGACACGGCUCUCGACGAAAUCAAACUACUCAAAUGCGUGCGCGAGUCUGACGUGGGUGAUCCUCACCGCGAGAAGACGGUCCAACUCUUGGACGACUUUAAGAUCACGGGGGUGAACGGGAUCCACGUCUGCAUGGUGUUUGAAGUGUUGGGAAACAAUUUACUAAAGUUGAUCAUUCGGUCAAACUAUCAAGGAAUUCCGCUGCAAAAUGUCAAGACUAUUAUUAAACAGACGCUUCAAGCUCUGGAUUAUUUGCACACGAAAUGCAAAAUAAUUCACACGGAUAUAAAGCCGGAAAAUAUUCUAAUGUGUGUGGAUGACGCGUAUGUGAGAAAUUUAGCGAAUGAGGCGACAACGUGGCAAAUGCAGGGGGGACGCUUGCCUGGGUCGGCAGUGAGCACAGCCCCGAAGGAAUUCCAGAGUUGUACGUCUACCUCGAAAAUGUCCAAGAACAAGAAGAAGAAAAUGAAAAAGAAGGCCAAGAAGCAGGCCGAGCUGCUGGAACAGCAGCUGCAACAGUUGAAAGAGGCGGACGAGGAUGGCGGCGGGGAGGAGGAAAUGACAGGCGGAGGGGAUCACGAAGAGUCGUCGUGCAGUGGGGGCGGCGGCGGUGGUGAUGGCGCGGAGGGAGGUCGAUCUCAUAACAAGAGUGGCGAAGAGGAGGAGAAGGAGAACGGUGAGAGGGGGGACGAUUCGAAUAAUGAGGACGUCGAUGACGACGAGGGACGUCCCCAGAUGAGAAGAGACGGUGGUGGAGACGGGUCUGAAGGGGAGGAUAAAAGCUUGGCGGUUGAAAACAGGUCCAGUUUCAACAACUUGGCCAACGCGAUGAUCACCAUGUCUCCGCUGAACGGGCACGACGACGUUGGUGGCGGCGGCGGCGGUGGGGUCAUGCACCAGUCGAAAAGUACGGGAGAGAGCGGACUGGAUGCCAUGGCGGGAGGCAUGAUGCAGAAUGAAGGAGGUGUUAGUAGUGGGAGUGGCGGUGGCAGUGGUGGUGGUGCCGCGGGGAGUUCGUCGUCUUCUUCCGCCAUGCGUCGCACGACGUCAUGUCCCGACUCGAAAUCUAUCCUUGCUCGGCCAGACCCGGUCAAGGAAAUUUGUGAUAUUCAGAUUAAAAUUGCAGAUCUUGGAAAUGCGUGCUGGGUCGAUCACCAUUUCACGGAGGAUAUUCAAACUCGUCAAUACCGUUGUUUGGAAGUCUUACUGGGGGCAGAGUACGGAACUGGGGCGGAUAUUUGGAGCACGGCCUGCAUGGCAUUUGAGAUGGCGACGGGCGACUAUUUAUUCGAACCACACACGGGGGACGACUAUUCCCGGGAUGAGGAUCACUUAGCCCACAUCAUCGAACUUUUAGGAGCCAUUCCUCGACAAAUAGCUACCAAUGGGAAGUACUCCAGAGACUUUUUUAACAGAAAAGGUGAACUUCGUCACAUUACCCGUCUCAAACCGUGGAAGCUGAAUGACGUCUUGUACGAAAAGUACGAAUGGAGUGCCGCCGACGCGCACGGAUUCUCCUCCUUUUUAGUCCCGAUGUUAGAAUUCGAUCCGUCGAAACGCGCCACGGCCGCGGAAUGUUUGCAACAUCCUUGGCUCAACUCGUAAUAGUUGCGAUGAGAAACUGAUAAAAAUGGAAACUCACAGAAAUCUUCUCUCGUCUUCUUCCUUUUCUUUUUUUUAUACCGUUUUAUUUAACUGUAACUUGAAUUCAAAAUUAAUUAAUUAACUAAUUAACUAGUAGGUAGGUAGGUAACUAUACGAGAAAAAAAUACUUAUUGAUUGUUAAUCAUUAAAAACGAGCAGCCUGGGAAGAAGUCAAUUAAGUCAAAAUUAUGAAGUAUAUUAAAUUAAAGGUAACAUGUAAUAAGGAAUAGUGCAUAAUAUUUUAUGAAUUAACGAUGCCAUUCUCUAUACAUACAUAUGUAAAUGAGUAGGAAACACGUGUUACGAAAUUUAUGUGAGUAUAUAUCGUCUUCAUUUACAUAUUUAAUAAGAUAAGUAGGGAUUGUGUUUUGAAUUAAUUAAUUGUUGCUAUUUACACACACACACACACAGCCAGUCAUUGAAUGUAAUGUAAUGUAUUUAAUUUAUAAAUCCCCUGCUACCACUAAUUGUUGUACUGAAUUGAUCAUGUAAGAAAAAAUUCGGAUGAAAAUUAUUUAUAUUUACAUACGUAAAAUCUCUGCUGGAAGUUAAUUAAUUUAUGUAUCGUAAUAUUCUCACAGGAAUGAAUUUUAGGUGUGUAACUAAGAAUGGAGGUCGACGAGCGGAUGCUGAUCAGAUUUUGAGCAAAUUAGUGUUAAUCGAUGACAAAUUUGAUUAGUAUGAAAUUUGGGAAAGCCACAAUCUCCCAAUGGGCACGUUUGGCCGAGAUAUUUGCAUCCCAAGAGGAGAAAACUCGUAGAAAAUUUUGAAAGUGUAAAACCUGUGAAAUUUACUGCGCGUUUACUCCUCUUGGGAUGCAAAUAUCUGGGCCAAACGUGCCAAUUGGGAGAUUGUGGCUUUCCCGAAUUUCAUACUAAUUAAAUUUGCGAUCGAUUGGCACUAAUUUACUCCAAAUCGGAGAGCAUACGAGGGGAGACCUCCAUUAAUCACGGGGUGAUGGUGGGUGGGUGUGGUCUUGUGUAUGUACCUGUCGUUUUUUGGGAAAAUUGAUAACUAAAAAAAUCAGAAUAACGUAAAAUUAACUGAAAUACGUAUGUACCAUUGUUUAAAAAAAGAUGGUCAGGAAAGAAAAUCAACCUGUUUUAAUUAUGUCCUAAUUUAUUUGAAAAAUUGUAAAACUAAUUAAAUAAAAUUUACGUAUGAAUAUGAAUUUGACGAGAAGAGGGAGACGCGACUCUUUGGCCUUUCGUAGCGAAAUAAACUCGAGUAGAGGAGGAAAAUUCUCAUAUAUUCUGAAAAUAUUGACUCAAAAACUGUAAACUACUUAAGUACGUAACGAGUAGUGAACAAACAAUUUACAUGUAUGUAACUCGCUGAUAUAAGGUGUAGGUAGGCAUAAGAUAAGUGAAUAUGUGGAGGGCUUAUCUAGAAAUAUGUAUGUACAUAUUCCUCGUCAAUAUUGGCAAAGUAUUUAUAAAGAUAUGUAGUGCUGCUCGGACUAUAAUGCGUAUAUUCUUCGAGACCUUGGGAAAAUCAACGUGGCGUAAAUUUGCACAUUUUUCUCGACAUGUGCAGAAAAAUGGAAAAUUUCCAGCAGAUUUGUCUGUUUUUUUUCUGCAAAAUUUGUCUGUAGAGUAAAAUGCACAGGAUUUUUUUAUGCAGAAAAAUUGGAAAUUUUCAGGAAAUUACAAAAUGAAAAUUUGUUUCUUUAGCAAAAUUUUACCAAUGCAGAGACACGAGUUUUUUCCCCCGGGGGACAUUUUUAGCCGAAAAAUGUGCCAAUUUUCGCCACGUGGAUAGGCAAAACAAUUACUUUGUUGUUCUUCUUCUUCCUCCUCAUUGUACAUUAUGAUGGACUGGUUAUCAUACUUUUUACGGUUAUCUUUAUCUCGAUGUAUGUAUGUAUAAUUUGUAGUCUUGUCAAUGUUACUUAUCUCUUGCGUUAUCUUGGUCCUCCUCCUCUCUCCGGCGUAGGCUAGUUUUUUAGGCCAUUUUAUUUCAACUUUUACUACUAUUUUACUACUGCAGAACCCUUUUCCGGGGGGAGGAGCGAGUCUCGGGACAAGUCGCUGUCAUUGUCCUGUUUAUUUAUAAUGACACAAAAAUAUGUAAAUCUGUGUAGAGGAGGGCAAUUAAUUAAUAAGAUGAAGGUGAUCAAGGCUAUCAAAUUACUGAAUAAAUAUGUAGGACGUAAAUAAUUAAUAUUAAUAUAGUUAGCUAAUUAAUUUUUGUAAUAAUGUUAACGGGCAAACUUAAUGGUGGGUGGAACUUUGAAAUGGUAACGUAACGUAUUUCUUCACCACUAAAAACACGACGCUACGCCGAUAAACUAUAAGAAUUUGGAUGUAAUAAAGUAAGAAAUUUGAAAAAAAGUA